CCGUUUCUCGCAUAAUUUUCCGGGAAGCACGAUAAAAAUGCCAAGUGCGUCGUUCACAUCAUCGCGCAAUUACGUGCGAAGAUCCCGAAGAAAAGGUGCAAACAGAAUUCCUCUGCCUUCGAGAACCACCUCGGCCGAGCCAUGCGACUUGCCAUGUUCAGCAUCAAAUCAGAUACCUCCUGGGGGUGGAGUUGGUGGUGGAGGGGGAGGAGGAGGAGGUGGAGGUGGGGGUGGAAGUGGUGGAAGAGGAUCGUCACCCAGUGUCUCUGGUGUUGCAGCACCAUCACCUUCCCCGUCACACUCUCACUCAUCUCCAUAUGAUCUAAGACGUAAAAGUCCACCACAUCCAGAUCCUGCUCCUGGUACCAGUUCUGCCCUACCUCCUUCAGGUGGCAGUAGUAUAGGAGCCACUCUUGGUUCUUCCUCUCUACCAGCAAGAAAACGACCUAGGCGGACUUGUUCAUUAUCCACAGAUGGUACAAAUACAAAUACUGCAGCACAUUAUCUUCAGUAUGAGUUACCGGAUGAAGUGCUGCUUACUAUAUUUAAUUAUCUAAUGGAACAAGAUCUAUGUAGAGUUUCCCAGGUUUGCAAACGUUUUCAAACAAUUGCAAAUGACACUGAACUGUGGAAGUCUCUUUACCAGCAAGUCUAUGAAUAUGAUUUACCACUAUUUAAUCCUGCACCUUGUAAAUUUGAAUUUGUUUCCCCGGAUGAAUCAGACUAUCCAAAUCCAUGGAAAGAAAGCUUUAGACAACUAUAUAGAGGAGUACAUGUUAGGCCAGGAUUUCAGGAUUUGAAGUUUAAAGGUCGGAAUUUGCCAUACUUUAAUACAGUUCAGGGAGCAUUAGAUUAUGUAGAUGAAUAUAGAAGCAAUAGUGGCCCAUCGUCAAAUAAUAGCACAACUACAAGUGGUCAAGGGAAUUGUUGUGGAAACAAUUCCCAGGUAACAGAAGAAGCACCCCAACAUCUAGUUUUCUUACAUGCUGGAAUAUAUAGAGGCGAAUUUCUUGUAAUCGACAGCGACGUUGCAUUAAUCGGAGCAGCACCUGGAAAUGUGGCAGAAUCUGUUAUAUUAGAACGAGAAAGUGAAUCUACAGUUAUGUUUGUAGAAGGAGCAAAACGAGCUUAUGCCGGUCACCUCACAUUAAAGUUUACUCCAGACGUUACUAGCACAGUGCCGCAUCAUAAACAUUAUUGUUUAGAAGUUGGUGAAAAUUGCAGUCCCACGGUUGAUCAUUGUAUUAUUAGGAGUUCGAGUGUUGUUGGAGCAGCUGUUUGCGUGUCUGGGGUAGGGGCGAAUCCUGUAGUGAAAAAUUGUGACAUAUCGGAUUGUGAAAAUGUUGGACUCUAUGUCACUGAUUAUGCACAAGGAACUUACGAGGACAAUGAAAUUUCCAGAAAUGCAUUAGCAGGAAUCUGGGUGAAGAAUUAUGCAAAUCCAAUCAUGCGAAGAAAUCAUAUUCAUCACGGAAGGGAUGUCGGAAUCUUUACGUUUGAUAAUGGUCUCGGGUAUUUCGAGGCUAACGAUAUCCAUAAUAAUCGAAUAGCAGGUUUUGAAGUAAAAGCUGGUGCUAACCCUACGGUUGUGCAUUGUGAAAUACACCAUGGUCAGACAGGUGGAAUUUAUGUUCAUGAGAAUGGUUUAGGGCAAUUUAUCGAUAACAAAAUUCACUCAAAUAAUUUCGCCGGUGUUUGGAUUACCUCCAAUUCGAAUCCCACUAUUCGUAGAAAUGAAAUUUAUAAUGGUCAUCAAGGGGGAGUAUAUAUAUUUGGAGAAGGAAGAGGCUUGAUCGAACACAAUAAUAUAUAUGGUAACGCGCUAGCGGGUAUACAAAUCAGAACGAAUUCGGAUCCUAUUGUUAGACAUAAUAAAAUACAUCAUGGUCAACAUGGUGGUAUAUACGUGCAUGAAAAGGGACAAGGAUUAAUCGAAGAGAAUGAAGUAUAUGCAAAUACAUUAGCAGGUGUUUGGAUAACUACAGGAUCGACACCGGUAUUAAGAAGAAAUCGUAUUCAUAGCGGAAAACAAGUUGGAGUUUAUUUUUAUGAUAAUGGACAUGGAAAACUAGAAGACAAUGAUAUUUUCAAUCAUUUGUAUUCAGGAGUACAAAUAAGAACUGGAAGUAAUCCAGUAAUACGCGGGAAUAAAAUAUGGGGUGGACAAAAUGGUGGCGUUCUUGUGUAUAAUAGCGGAUUAGGUUUACUCGAACAAAAUGAAAUUUUUGAUAAUGCAAUGGCCGGAGUUUGGAUUAAAACAGAUAGUAAUCCUACGUUAAAAAGAAACAAAAUAUUCGAUGGGCGAGAUGGUGGAAUUUGUAUAUUUAAUGGUGGCAAAGGUGUCCUCGAAGAAAAUGAUAUAUUUCGUAACGCUCAAGCAGGAGUGCUUAUUUCCACACAAUCCCAUCCUGUCUUAAGGAGAAACCGAAUUUUCGAUGGAUUGGCAGCCGGUGUCGAAAUAACGAACAAUGCAACUGCUACGUUGGAAUUUAAUCAAAUUUUCAAUAACAGAUUCGGUGGUCUAUGUUUAGCGAGUGGAGUACAACCAACAACUAGAGGCAAUAAAAUAUUUAAUAAUCAAGAUGCAGUUGAAAAAGCGGUCGGAAACGGCCAAUGUUUAUACAAAAUUUCGUCAUAUACCUCUUUCCCUAUGCAUGAUUUCUAUCGUUGCCAAACAUGCAAUACAACAGAUCGUAAUGCAAUUUGUGUAAACUGCAUAAAAACCUGUCAUGCUGGGCACGACGUAGAAUUCAUUAGACAUGACCGAUUCUUCUGUGACUGUGGUGCUGGAACAUUGAGUAAUCAAUGUCAACUUCAGGGUGAACCUACACAAGAUACAGACACGUUAUACGAUAGUGCGGCACCAAUGGAAUCACAUACACUUAUGGUCAACUAGGAACUAACAUAAACUAAAUAAAACAAUCAACACUGAGUCUGUAAGUCCCAUGCAUUGCAAACAAGGAGUAGUUUGUUGCAGAGUUCUUUAUUAUGACACUUGUUCCUUCGCGUCCCUCAUUGUGAUUGUUAUUUUGUAAAGCUACCGUUAUUGUUAACGUAUUCCAAUUAAUGAUAAUUUCAUUAUCAUCAUUAUUAUUAUUAUUGUCAUUGUCAUUGUCGUUAUUCGCUUCAUUUUCGCCAUCAUCGCGGUGAUUAAAAUUACUACAUCCAUUUUCAUUAUUUUGUAAUAUUAUAUUCGUGAGUAUAUAAGUGAAAGUUCGUUGGACCAUACUGUUAUCAUUAUUGUCAUCGUCUUUAUUAUGGAAAGUAUAUUUUUUAUUACAGAAUUAGUACUCUUCGUUCCGAUGUAUAUCUUAAUAUAAACAGAUAUACGUUAAUUGAUAUUUAUAUUCGAUCAGAUAUAGAGGAACAACUUUAUCUGAUGCAACACAAGUUUUAUUUGGAGGAAGGAAGACUGUUAGGAACUGAUUUCUUCUCUUUUACUUUUUUCAUUGCUCUUUGUUAAAAGCAAUUUCACAAGAUAAAAAUAAUAUUUCUUGUGAUUAUGUAAUAAAGAACUCCGCAACGAAAAAGAAAAAAGACGUCAAAUAAUCAAGAAAAAUAAGUGACGAUGAAUUUCUUAUGUAAGCAAAUCUAUUAAUUAGAUAACAUGAAAUUUAUUUAAACGUGUAACAAAAAAAAAGUACUGUGGUUAAACGUUAAUCAACCGAAGAUAUGCUACAAACUUUUGAUGUGACUUUCCAUUAAGUUUCUUUAAUUCUUAACUUCGUAUAUAAAGCAAAGAAAGUGCAGUGGAUUUGUGUAAAAAGAUGGAAUUAAGAAAAAACGUAUGUGUAUACGCCGUUAGGAAAAAGACACGUGACAAUCGUGACGAUAUUUAAAGAAAACUGUUUAAACAAUGAAAAAGUUCGUGCAAUGCAACAGCAUUGAUAAAAAGGAAUAAUUCUCUAAGCUUACGAUAAAACACAGUGUCGCGGAUGUAAAUUGUGUAUAAUCGUAUCGUUAAUAAACGCGAAUAGACAGUAGCAUUAAACAAAUGAUUUGCUACUUGAACAAAAACACUUUGAGCUCGUAUAAGUUGUGAGGAAGGCCCACUACAAGAUUUCUCAUUCACGAUUGAACGAAACUUAACACACUAGUGCAUUAAAACAGAGGAAAGGACGAAGAAGUGCAUAUUGUGUAUUCAUAAUGAUGGAAUUGUUGGUCAUGCUGAAUGAAGUCAGCUAGCUUGAAGAUAAAAAUUGGAAGAACAAUUAGAAGCAGUUACAAUAAUUAAAUGAUAGGGCAAGUGCGGCUUUGAUAAAUCUGUGGUACAAAUUUUGAAGCACGGCAGGCUAGUGCAAGCAGAGUGAAGAUCAAUGAUGACAUACUGAAACAGAUGUCUAAAAAAUGUGAUAUGUAAAAUUCACAACUGGAAUAAUCAAAAUGAAACUGAAAGACCUGUACAAUUCUAAGAAUCUUUUUUGCAAUGUAAGUGUACCUCAUAAUACACAUAUACAGUUCUUCAAUUCUACUAUCCAUAUUGUGAAUAGUGAUGGCUCUAAAUUGCCCGAUGGGAAAAGUGCAUAAUAAAACGAUACUAUAUUUAAAAAGUAAAUUUAAAAGAAAUUUACGUAAUGUGCAUUGAUGUAUACCAGUGAAAAAAAAGGAAAGGAAAAGUUUACGGAGAAAAGUAAAGAAAAGCGAUAUACUGUCCAAGGAACAGUUUUAAAAAAAAAGUAAUCUCGAAUUUUUAAAGUAAUCCAAUUUUUUUAAUAUUAUGUUAGCUGUAAAAUCUAAUCAUAUUAUUAUAAUUGUAUUUCAAGAGCUAUUGGCUCUUGUAUGAAGGAAAUGAACAAAAAGCGCCUAUUAGCGAUAAUUUUAGACGCAACCACAUCCAUUUAUUCAAAUGAUACUAUAUUAAAAUAAGUAGGCAAAAUAUUCGAAACCAUUGUGGUAAAAUUUUGUUGCGGAAACAAAAUUUUACAAGUCAAUCUUACGUAGUACUUUUGUAUAUCAUUUGGUAGAAAAUGCAUAAUGGUACAUGAGAAUUGCCUUUGAACUUACUGACCUAAGGUCUGUAGUAUUAUACACCUCAGUGUCAUACUAUACAUAGUAUAACUAUAUAUAAUAUCUAACAUGAUAUGUUCACUGAAAAUAUUAAGGGCGUAUGUCAAAGGCAUUUUUCAUAUGUGCACAUUAGAACGCAAACUUUUUACGGUUUUUUUUCUUUUUUUCUUUUUGAGUGAUAGUCUUUACGCUCAGUUGUUUUGUUUAAAAAAAACAUUUAUUUGGAAGAUAUGAAUUCUUUUUGUAAUGAUAUUUGAAACUUGGAGAGGAACUACAGAAAAAAGAAAAUUUCCUUACAAAACAAAGACAAAGAAUACAAAAGAAAAAAAGUAAAAAAUCUAUAACACUUGAACACCAUCAAACGGAAAUCGAAAUUUUCUUGUACGCUCUCUAUGCUGUAAUAUAUUUAUCAAAAUUUAUUUGUCGAUUGUUUUUUAGUACUAUCUCGUGUAUUAUUUACGAAAUGUUAAAUAUGUGUUUAUGUAUUUACGAGAAAUGAAUAUUGGAUUAUAAAAGUAGAACUGGCGACCUCUUUAUGUAUGUGCCCUUUUUGUGCGUUUCAUAACACUGACUCUCAUGGAUAUUAUUAUUAUUGUUUGAUUAUUCAAGGGGGAACGAGCGUUUUUCUGUGAUUUCUCUAUCCUCUCACAGUUUCAAAGUACGUUGAUUUAUAAUAUUCUUAUUCUGAACAUUGAUUUGCGCAGCAGCCGUUUGGAACGCGUUUUUGAAUGUGCAACGAACUAUUUUACUUUCCUAAAUGCUAAUCUUAUGGAAUGAUUUUAUGGCUUCCAUACCGGCUAUUUUUGGAAUCUCACAGGCACGUCCAAAGUUACACGAGAGAUUAUAUCUAUAAAGAAAAAUUAAAAAAAGAGAGGGAAAGAAACGAAUAUUACACAAUGUCUUUGUACAAAUAUGAAACUUCCAAAACAAAGGGGGAAAAUACAAAAAGAGCGAAAAAGAAUCAUCGAACGAUUCACUGCUCGGCUGCAGCACGAUUCAAAUGUUUCUUCUGUUUCUUGUUGUUGGAUGUUUAGAAUAUAAGAUUUGAGAUCAGCAAUAGAAAUCUGUUAUGUUUAAAUGUUUUGUUCCAUAAUAUAAAAACAGGCGGUCUUCACUGGAUAUAAAAAGAAAGAGAGAAAAAUCCAAAAGAGGAAUUUAUUUAUUCCGUUGUCUGAGAAUAUCAUUGAAGUACUGUAAAACUUUGGUAUUAAAAAAGGGAUAAAAGAGGGGAAAGGAAAAAAGAGUAAUGAAAUUUAACGUUGAAUGUGUACACAUAUAUGCAUUCGGUAAAGCAUUUAGAGCUUUAAAAAAAAUUGGAACGCAUACAAAAUUCUACCUAUGAAUAUUCAUAAAAAGAGAAUCUGCGAUAGUUUCAUUUUAUUACUUUUUAGUUUCGCUCAUUAUUGUAUAUUAUGCGAUAUGUUUGUUUGUCGAAUUAUUGUGAAUGUAAAGUGUUUUUAACUCGUUUAUUUUCUUUAUUAUUAAGUCGUUUUACGUUAAUGCGCAUUUUAUUUAUCAAUUCUUGUUUUCCUUGUUUUUUUUAUUUUGCCUCUUUUGUUCAUUUUGCAUUAUGUCGUACUAUCUCUAUUUCUUUUCUCGUCGUUUCAUUCCAUGUGUACACUAUCCACCGAAACGUUUUACUCUGAUCUUUCGAAUAGCAAAAAACUUGCCAUUAAUUACGUUAGUUGCCAUAGUUCUCUCGGUUUCGUUUUUGCGGCAGGGAGAAAAGCUAUAUGUAGAGAUAUAUAGAUAUAAAUAAAUGAAACUGUGCAAAGCAGAAGGGAAGAAAGAAUGAAAAGAAAAGAGAACCAGAGUGGAACACGAACCCGCAAAAGCUAAUGCUACAACGUAUUCUGUAAAUAUUAAUUUGCCCAUUAUAUAUAUAAAUAUAAUUAUAUAUAUAUAUAUAUAUAUAUAAAUAUAUAAACACCAUUGAUUAUACUAUUAUAAAAAAAUAUAUUAUUACCAAUUGUAAUUUUUAUUUUAUUUUUUUUCGUAUCCUUAUUAUGAUCGAUGCUGAUAAUUAUUGUUGGCUUUUUUUGUUUUGUUGUACUUGCAGCAAUAUCAUGUAAAAGCGCAAAUGAAACCUUUCGAGGAGAAUGCAAAUUUUCAAUAGCCUCAAACUUACGAAAUCGAACAGAUCCAAUAAUAUCCCAACCGUUUUCGUAUUUUAUUUUUCUUUUUCCUUAGAAUUUCCAAUGAAUCAUAUAAGAAUGACAUAUUAUAUUACGUACAACAUAAAUUAUAUCCGUUAACUUUUUGUGCAAUUUCGUUCACGGACUAUGAAAAGAGGGAAGGAAAUUGUUAAACUGUGUAUUGUUCGUAGGUAUACGAUUGCGUAAUGCUAUGCUUGUUCACGGAAGGAAACGGUUAUGAUUAAGACUAUACAUUAGAAUUGUAAGUACAUAAGUGACAGAGACAGACAAUUUUGCGAAACUAAAAUAAUCCCGAACUUUUUUGAAAAUAGUUCUCACUUUUACGUAAUACAAAGGAAGAUUUACAGAUGCCAUGGCCUUAAAGAAACGUACACCUAAAAAAGCUCUUAUAGUAUACAUACAGCGGUAUCUAACAGAUAUAUGCCCUUAGCAAAUAUUACGUAUAAUCGAUACCGAUAUCUUACAACGGAAAGUUGUGCCGGGGUGAAUUUUUCAUGCAGCUCAAAUAUCAUUCAGAGAAGUUUCGGUGAAAACACGCAGUUUUAUUAACAGAUGUGUAUCGUUUAUUGCAUUAAACCUCCAUCGGAUCCAAUGUAUCUCUUCUUUUUUCGUUUCCCUAUGUCAGUUAUAUCUUAUUUCGAUCAAACGCUGCGAUCCUCUGUAAAAAAAAAAAACAGAAUAUAUAAUGGAAUAAGAAUAUUUUUGAAAUUUGAUCUCUGUAAAAAGAACAAAGUAAGAAAUACAAUAGAAGUGCACGAUAAUUUAAACGAUAUUGUUAAUAUCAUUAUCGCUGUUAUUCGGUACAUUGAAAUCGAUGAAGGUUUAAGAAGCGGCAAACAGGAGAUUAAGUUGCGAUUUCGCGGAUGAAACGCAUAAGCGCAGCCUUAUAUUGUAUUUUCAUAUAGUACAACACGCCGAUACGUGGAAAUGAUAAUUGAUAAGUUAAUCGUUUUUGUAUUCUCGGGUCUACUCGUUAUCGAUCGCGGUCGAAAUGGAUCGCCGCGUUCUCGAUGCAUAGAGCGUUCAGUGCUUCCGAACCGAACGAACUGUAUAUUCCUUGAUUCGAUGAUCACGUUCGCUGUAUAUCGAUACAUGGUAGGGCUGGUAUUAUAAUAAUAGUGUCUUAUAGACGAGAGCGUCUUACGACUUGCACGAUUCGUAUUGAAACGACGAUGAGGCUAAAUCUAGGCAACAGAAAGUAAUGCGCGAGAAAGAAGAGAAACGGCAAACGCCCAGAGUUGCAUCGCAUGCAAGUUAGGGAAGAAAGACAAACUGUCAGGAUAGGAAGAAGAAAGGAUUUUAUAAGCGAAGAAGAAGAGAACAUCUAUUUUUCACGAGACGUCGAUCGUGAAAAUGUACAAUAAGUUCAAUUUGUAAAUACGUCACGCGUAAUUAUCUUACUUAAGUAUAUAUAAUAUCGUUGGAAAAAAGCGGCGAAUAACAAUUAUUAUUAUUAUUAUUAUCAUUAUCAUUAUUAUUAUUAUUAUCAUUAUUAUUAUUAUUAUUAUAUCGAUAUACAAGCCGUAAGACGAGGAACUUUGCUCCUUAAAGAUACUUUUCUAAAUAGACAAGAGAGAGGAAGAGACGCGCGUUCAAACGAUUCGUUGUUUCUUAGCUAAGUAAGCUCGAUUUCCACGCUUUAAUGUUGCAUAAGAGAAAUACCGCGAAGAAAAAGUAAAUGUGGCAACAAUACUGGUAGAAGGGAUAAGAUGUUAAAUGAGUAUUCAAUGAGACUUUUUUGUAUGAACAAAUAAACCAAACUAAUUUUUUUCACAUAAUUCGCGUUUACUAGUUGUAAGAUCGUCAAAUGUAAUACGUUGCCGCGACACACAAAAUGAUCAAAGGAUAUAGCAAAAGGAGGAAAGAAGAGGUAAUUUAAGUCGAUGUAUCUAGAAACGACUCUAUGCUGAAGAUAUUAAUCGAAAUUAAAUUAAAGCGACACGAUUCCGCGCGUAGUGCCAAUGCAUUGGAGCGGAGGAAGCAAUACGACGUUAUGCGUAUUGUAAAAGUAUUAAACGUGUGUGGAUUUGUCUUGACUAUUUUCCGUUUCACACGGUAAAAGAUUAAAGAAAGAAAGUAAGGACCGGUGCUAAACGAUGUAUUUGUACGUUCAAUGUACGUUCAUACAUGCACAGGAAUGCGGAAAUUCAUAAGAGAAACGUCUGCACAGGAAUUGAAAGAAUGAAUUUUGUUUUGGGAUACAUAAAGAAGGUAUACAAUGAUAUUAUUUAAUUAUUAAUUUGAACAAAAAGAACACAGAAAAGCAUGGCCUAUAGAUAUAGAAGAGAAUCGUUCUUUCUUUUUCUUCUAGGCGAAACCGACGGACUGUAUAGCAUGUAGACGUAAUAAAUUUAGUGAUCGAAAUGUCGACUCGAAUUCUAGAAGCGAGGAGAGAGGAAGACAGCGUACGCACGAUCAUUUCCUUUUCAAAUAUAAAAGCUCGCACCCGCACUCGAUCUUUUCCUGCGUUCUAUAAUGUUCGCGCGGCGACAACAACUGUAUUAUUCAACUGUAUAAUAGAUCCCUUAGCCCGUAAGCAGAUAUAAAAGAUAUUAAUUCGAUAAUUGAAUUCGAUCGACUCUCUUGUCCAAGGCGAUGCAGCCAAGGUAUUUUUACCAAAUCAAAAACGUCUGUGCGUUACGACGCUAAAUCUAUUCUUGAUCUAUUCUUUCUUCCAAUCAUUGUUUUCAAUUUCUCAUUGAAAGAAACGGAAGAAAUGGAAACUUAAACAAUAGUUUGAAAUAAUAAGUGUUAAAGAUAAGAUUUAUAAAGAUUAAAAAAACUUUGUAGUAAAAAGUGUCUGAUUAAAAAAGAAAAUCGCAAAGUAAAUUGACUGUAUCGCCUUGCGCACGCCUGUAUCAUAAUGAAACGCACGAAUUAUCAUGUGUCAUAUAAAUAUAUAUAUAUAUAUAAAUAUAAAAAUUAUAUAUAUAUAAAUACAAAUAUAUAUAAAUAACUAACAAUAAUGAUAAUAAUUAAGUACCUUACACGUAUAAGCAGUAUCCAAGAAAUCCGAACUAGUUGCACCAAGUGCCAUAGUCCAUAGGUCACAGUACGUUUAAUAUAGCGAGAGAGAGACUACUCGUAGUCGUUGCUAGGGGCAAGAGGAAAGAAAAAGCGUAAUAAAAAAGGGAAAAAUCGAAAAAAACACACGCAUAUAGAGUGAAUAUAAAAGAAAAAGGGAAAGGCAGAUCGAACACGUGGCGUUUGACGACUGGCUAAGUCCUGUUCUUAUUGCUUAUUGUUAAGGUGAACGAGCGUGAAGUGGCAGCUAGCAAUCAGCUAAAAACACGCGAGAGAGAAAAAAAGGAGAGUUAUGUAGUCCGUGUGACCCAAGAUUUCCGAUGGGCCGGUUUCGCCCAUCUUCUGGAGAACGUUUUAGAACAUAAAGCAGACACCAAUAUGACAAUAUACUAAUGAAAUUAAUUUCCGGUCCUGUUGCUCGGUUACUAUUGUCCAUUGCCUCCACCUCCUACCCCUUCGAAGGAAACUUGGAAAAACGAAAAAAAAAAAAAAAUGAAAGAAAAAAGGAAACACCGAACAUCCAUUUACUGUACAAUUUCGCCGUUUAUUUUUCGACACGUUAGUACAUGCGAUUAGACGUGGAUCCCGGCUCGCAAAAUCCGUGCAUUCCCCGACGAAAGAGUUGAAGGAUGCGAGAGAGAGAGAGAGAGAGAGAGAGAAAGGGCGAACGAGUGCGAGAGAGGGAGCGAAAGGAAAAGAAUAGACGCAAUUGUAAAACACGUUACGACCGUGAAUGAAUCGUGAGACGAAAUGCGUGUGACCGUUCUUUUUUUUUUUCUUUUUGCGAGAACAUUAUCAAUUAUCUUAAAGGAAGAAAAAGAAAAUGACAAAAAAAUACUGUAGUAACGUCGCAAUUGUAUGUUGUAAACAUUACUAUUUCAAAUAUAAUGUCAUUAUUAACAGGA